GACAUGACAACACAACCAAAAAUUCGUGUUGUGGCAACCCUGCGGUUUAGUUCAAAUGAGUAUUAGUUCGAAUGCAUCGUAAACAUGCCAUGAAAAUAAACAAUGGCAGGCAAAGGGUGGAAUUAUGUUGCAGGAGUUCCCGAGACCGACGAACAGCAAAGGUUACGUUUCCAGAUCGAGCUCGAGUUCGUGCAAUGCCUAGGUAACCCCAACUACUUGAACUUUUUAGCACAGCGCGGAUAUUUCAAAGACAACACCUUCAUCAAUUAUUUAAAGUACUUGCAGUAUUGGAAGGAGCCCGACUACGCGAAGUACCUAAAGUACCCGAUGUGCUUGUAUUUCCUGGACCUGUUGCAAUACGAGCACUUCAGACGAGAGCUCGUUAACGCGCAGUGUACAAAGUUUAUAGACGAUCAACAGAUCUUAUUAUGGCAGCACUACACGAGACGACGAAGCCGGCUAUUGCAGAGUAACGUGACGAACGGAACGACGGCCGAACAAACGCUAAACAAUCAAAAUAGUACGCAAAGUAAUGGACAUGUGAAUGCGAAGAUUAGUUAAAUUUACUCGUAGUUUGCUAAUUUUAGUUUAAUUAAUUGAAGCAAGUUAUUUUAUUAAAUGGGGUUAAAUUGC